AUGACAGAACAGGUGAAGGAUCAAGAGAGUGCAGCCACCACAAAGGUUUGGCUGAUCCUCGGAGAUAAAGAUUCUGAAGAAAUAUUCUUGCAUGUCACAGUUCCACGAAAGAUAAGGUCAAAUGACAGUGAAGAUUCAGAGAAGCAUGCUACUUAUAUCAUUAAAAUUAAUGGAAAGCCAUACACUCUGCAACUACAAAAACAUUCAUUCUUACCGCAGAACUUUUUGGUUUAUACGUACAACAAGACUGGAGUUUUGCAUUCUGAGUCUUCAUAUUUAAAGGCUCAUUGUCAUUACCAAGGAUAUAUUGCAGAUUUUUCGAAUUCAGCUGUGACACUCAACAUCUGUUCUGGACUCAGAGGAGUCCUUCAGUUUGAAAAUAUUACCAUUGGAAUUGAGCCAAUGGAAUCUUCCGCAGGAUUUGAGCACAUAAUAUAUCAAGUGAAAAAUAAUAUUCCAGAUAUACCAAUGUUAGCAGAAAAUGGAAGCAACACUUGGCAGAAAGACCAGACCAAUAAGGUUUAUAUGAGUUCACAGAAAACUCCUCUUUCAAAACAAUUGCCCCAAUAUCUAGAAAUGCAUAUUAUAGUGGAAAAAAGUUUGUAUGAUUAUAUGGGAUCUGAAAUUAUGUCUGUAACAGAGAAAAUUGUCCAAAUUAUUGGCCUUGUUAACACUAAGUUUAUGCAGUUCAAAUUAACGGUUACACUGUCCUCCUUGGAAAUAUGGUCAGAUAAGAACCAAAUACCCACCAGUGGAAAUGCUAGUGAUAUAUUACAAAGAUUUUUGGCAUGGAAACACAACUAUCUUGACCUACAGUCCCAUGAUAUAGCAUAUUUACUUAUUUACAGGGAAAAUCCUAAAUAUGCAGGAGCAAUAUAUCCUGGAACAAUAUGCAACAAAAGUUAUGAUGCAGGUAUUGCUCUGUAUCCAGAUGGAAUUAGUUUGGAGGGGUUUUCAAUUAUUAUAACUCAACUACUUGGUCUUAAUAUAGGAUUAACAUAUGAUGACAUCGAUAAUUGUUCUUGUCCAAGAGCUACAUGCAUAAUGAAUCCUGAGGCACUGCAUUCGAGUGGUAUCAAGAUUUUUAGCAACUGUAGUAUGCAUAAUUAUGCAUAUUUUAUUUCAAAAUUUGAGCCUAAAUGUCUGCAGAACUUUCUCCAUUUGCAACCAUUACAUAAAAAUCAAGCAUUGUGUGGAAAUGGGAUUCUGGAACCUAAUGAAGAAUGUGACUGUGGCAAUAAAGAAGAAUGCCAAUUUAAAAAGUGCUGCGAUCAUAAUACAUGUAAGCUGAGGGGCUCAGUGAAAUGUGGUUCUGGAGCAUGCUGUACUUCAAAAUGUGAGUUUUCAACAGCAGGUACUCCAUGUAGAAAAAGUAUUGAUGAAGAGUGUGAUUUUACAGAGUAUUGCAAUGGAACCUCUAGUAACUGUGUUCCUGACACUUAUGCUCUGAAUGGCCACAUGUGCAUGUUGGGAACGGCAUAUUGUUAUAAUGGAAGGUGUCAAAGCAUUGAUAUACAGUGUGCAAAGAUAUUUGGAAAAGGUGCUAAGCGUGCUCCAUUUGCCUGUUUUGAAGAAAUUAAUCCUCUGCGUGAUGGAGUUGGAAAUUGUAGUUUAAACAAUUCACCAUCAUUACCGUGUGAGCUGAAGGAUGUUCUAUGUGGAAAAUUGGCCUGUGUUCGGCCACAUAAGAAUACUUAUAAAAGUGAUAAUCAAUCAACAGUUUAUUCAUAUACUAAAGGUCAUGUAUGCAUAUCCAUAACUCCUGGGUCUUCAGUUAGUUCAGAUGGAAGUGAUUUUGCUUAUGUAGCUGAUGGCACUGUGUGUGGUCCAGGAAUGAUAUGCAAUAACUUUGGUAAUUGCCAAUGCUAUCCAGGCUAUAGGCCUCCGGAUUGUGAAUACCAGAUUGGUUCGCCAGGGGGCAGUAUUGAUGAUGGAAAUGUUCAGAAAUCAGAUACGUUUGUCACUAAGAGAGACCAUAGUUCACAUCAGAACUGGUUCAUUCUCAGUUUCUACAUUUCUCUGCCCUUUUUAAUAACUUUCAUCAUUGUGAUCAUAAAGCGAAAUGAAAUGAGAAAAUCAUGGAACAGAGAGGAAGUAGAAUAUGAAGGGUAA